AUGGAGCUUUCAUCAACCCCUUCCUCGUCAGCAUCCACGUCAUCCACAUACUCAAAAAUGGGGCGGCCCUCUGAAAUCUUGGGCCUUCAAAAACCGCCAGCCCUGAUAGGAUCCUUUCGGGGUGUGGCAUUCAUAUUACCUCGCAAAAUGCUAAAAUGGUGGUGUAGUUACGCGGCUUGGGCCCUUUAUGCCACUUCGGCACUGACCGGCGGCGUUUCCAGUCCAUAA